AGCUGCCGGGCGAGCGCCCGGGGCCGCUGGGUACGCUGGCUGGUGGGUCGCGCUGUGCCUCUUCGCGUACAUCGUCGCGGAUAAGGCGGGCCAGCUCUGCCAAGCCCGGGCGCCGGCGCCGGCGCCCGCGCCGGCGCGGAGGCUGUCCGCGGGCGAGGGCGGCGGGGAGGCGGCGCCGCCAGGGGGGGCGCAGGCGGAGGACGGCGACGGCGACGCCCCGGCCGCGCACGGGGAGUCGGAGGAUCCGCACGGCGCGGAGGAGAGCGCGGAGGAGGUCGCGCAGUCGGCCGUCAUCCCCUACCUCUUCCUCGCCAUCGGCGUCGGCACGCUCCUGGUGCACGCGACCUCGCACCCCCUGCUCCAUGGCCUGCAGCAGACGGUCGUCAUCUUCUUCCUG